GUAUCAACGGGCGAAACGCAAUACAUCAGAACGGUUGACAAUUUAAUAGCGUCGAGACUGAGCCUGAAACUGCAAUUGCAUGCAGCACAUUUUGCUGCUGCCAUUAAUACCCAGCACUUGAUGAAUCACCUGAGCGGCAGUCAGGCUGCUAUCGGUGUGCCCUAUAAUACACACAAUGGCGGCGACGGCGGCGGUGGAAUUGGAAUUGGUGCUGGUGUUGGUGUAGGUGUGGGCAAUGGUGGUUUGGUUUUGCGAUGCACAGCACAAAUUGGUGAUUUGUAUCAGGAGUACAAGGAAAUCGAAUUGGGCACACCGCAAAAGGAUCCGGUGCCAGCCAGAG